AUGGAAGAUGCGGAGGGGAAGCCGAGGGUAAUCAUCCGGGAGUACAGCCCGUCGACGGACCGCGCCGGCACCGAGGCCGUCGAUCGCGAGUGCGAGGUCGGCCAGCCCGGCGGCAUGUCGCUCCACGCCGACCUGCUCGGCGACCCCGUCGCCCGCAUUCGCAACUCGCCGGCGUAUCUCAUGCUGGUAGCUGAGACGUCCGCCCAGCCCGGCCGCAUCGUCGGGCUCAUCCGCGGCACCGUCAAGUCCGUGGCCACGGGGAAGAGCUGCCCCGGCGCGCCCGCCUUCGCCAGCGUCGGCUACAUUCUCGGCCUCCGCGUCUCACCUUCCCACAGGAGGAUGGGCGUGGCGCUGCGGCUGGUAGGGCAUCUGGAGCGGUGGUUCGCGCUGAUGGGCGCCGAGUACGCGUACAUGGCCACGGACAAGUCCAACGAGGCGUCUGUGCAGCUCUUCACCGGGCGGUGCGGUUACUCCAAGUUCCGCACGCCGUCGCUCCUCGUGCACCCCGUGCACGCGCACCGCCUCCGGGCGCCGCGCCGCGCGGCCGUCUUGCCCCUGGACGCGCGCGACGCCGAGCGGCUGUACCGCCGCCGGUUCGGCCACGUCGAGCUCUUCCCGGCCGACAUCGGCGCCGUCCUCGUCAACAGGCUCUCGCUCGGCACGUUCCUGGCCGUCGUGGACGACGGUUUCAGGUGGCGCGGGGUGGAGCACUUCCUGGCCUCGCCGCCGGCGUCGUGGGCCGUGGCGAGCCUGUGGGACUGCGGCGGCGUGUUCCGGCUGGAGAUGCGCGGGGCCUCGCGCCUCCGCCGCGCGGCAGCCGCCGCGAGCCGGGCGCUGGAUCGCGCGGCCAAGUGGAUGCGCGUGCCGUCCGUCCCGGACUUCUUCCGGCCGUUCGCGGGCUGGUUCGCGUACGGCCUGGGCGGCGAAGGCGACGAGGCAGCGCUGGCCGCGAAGGCGCUGUACGUGUCGUUCGUGAACAGGGCGCGCGGGAGGGCGGCGGCCGUGGCGGUGGAGGUGGCGGCGCUGGACCCGCUCCGGCGGCGGCUGCCGCACUGGCGCAGCCUGUCGUGCGCGGAGGACCUGUGGUGCAUGAAGCGGCUGGGAGGCGGCGAGCCCGACGCGGACGGCUGGGAUUGGGCCAAGUCGGCGCCCGGGCAGUCCAUCUUCGUGGACCCCAGAGAGGUGUGA